GGGGCCCCUCCCCCAGCUCCUGAGGAAGAUGAAGGCAUGCCCCCCGCUUUUGUCCUGCAGAUCGGGGAGCGCGGCGUGCUGAUCACGGGCUGCGACUCGGGCUUUGGCUUUGCGCUGGCCAAGCACCUCCACGAGAGGGGCUUCAUCAUCUACGCCGGGUGCCUCCUGAAGGAACAAGGCCGGGGGGGCUCCAAGGAACUGGAUGACAUGAAGAGCGACCGCAUGCGGACUGUCCAGCUCAACGUCUGCGACAGUGAGGAAGUGGGACGUGCUGUGGACCACGUGACUGCAACCAUGAAGGAUGAAGCUGGGCUCUGGGGCCUGGUGAACAACGCGGGUAUUUCCACCUUUGGGGAAGUGGAGUUCACCAGCAUGGACACCUACAAGGAGGUGGCCGAAGUGAACCUGUGGGGCACCAUCCGCACCACCAAGUCCUUCCUGCCCCUCAUCCGCAGAGCCAAAGGCCGCGUGGUGAACAUCAGCAGCAUGAUGGGGCGCAUGGCCAACCCGGCGCGCUCUCCCUACUGCAUCACCAAGUUCGGGGUGGAGGCGUUCUCCGACUGCCUGCGCUACGAGAUGCGCCCGCACGACGUGAAGGUGUGCAUCGUGGAGCCGGGCAACUUCAUCGCGGGCACCAGCCUCUACAGCCCCGAGCGCAUCCAGGCCAUCGCCGACAAGAUGUGGGACGAGCUGCCAGAGAUCGUGCGGCGCGACUACGGGCGGCAGUACUUCGACGAGCAGAUCGCCAAGAUGGAGUCCUACUGCAACAGCGGCUCGGCCGACACCUCCCCGGUCAUCGACAGCAUCACCCACGCCCUGACCUCCACCACGCCCUACACCCGCUACCACCCCAUGGACUACUACUGGUGGCUGCGCAUGCAGGUCAUGACCCACAUGCCCGCCGCCAUCUCCGACCGCCUCUACAUCUACUGAGCGAGCGGGGCGGGGGGAGGGGUGGGGAGGGGGGCUGGGGGCACUCCCCCUCCUCGACCACAUCGAAGGGAAGCUCCUCGGGCGGGCAGAGGGGGGCGCACUCGCUCCCCGUAGUCUCACUCCGUUAGUUGGGUCUCCACUUACUGUACUGUAGGCUGAACGAGUCGUUAAUUUAACCUGGUGUAGUAAUUUAACCCUUUGCAUGGUGUGUCUCAUGGGCAGGGAACACCCCCCCCCCUUU